AUGACCAAGAAGGUUGGAAAAUGGAAAAGCAAAAAAAGCAAGGACAAAGUUUAUUACAAUAAAAAUGGUUUGCAUAAUAUAAAAAAGGGAAGGAAUAAAGUGAAUGAUGAUAAUAAUAAGAAUAAUAUAGAAAAAGAGAAAGCUACAAAUAAAUAUGUGAAAUAUGAAAAAAAAAAAAAAAGUCAAGAAAAAUCUGCAGAUAGAAAUGAUUUAAAAAAGAAUAUUAUAAAAGGGAAAAAUGAUAUUAAAAAAAAUAAUAAUAAAAAAAAUAAUAAUAAUAAAAAUAAUAAUAAUAAAAAUAAUAAUAAUAAUAAUAAUAAUAAAAGUAGUAACAUGAAAAAAAAAAAAAAUAAUAAUGAUAAAUAUUCAAUGCAAAUAAAAUAUAAAAAUAUUUUGAAUGAUGAAAAUUUAUCAAAAUCCAAAAAAAGAAAAUUAAUAAAAGAACAUCGAAAAAAAGAAAUGAUUGAAAAUUACGAUUAUUAUAAAAAAUUAAAAAUACAUUUAAAUGAUUUAUUGAAAUCGAAAAAUGAUAAGGAAGAGAAAAAAAGGCAAGUAGGAAUAUUAUACAAUGAAAUAAAGAAAACAGAUAUAGACAAAUUUGCUCGUACUAAUUUAGGAUAUCAUAUAAUAACAUCCUUAAUAAUAUAUAGAAAUAAAGAUGAAAUAUAUAAUAAGUUAUUUAAAUAUUUUUAUGAUAAAUGUUUUAAUGAUAUAUGUACAUAUCAUUUUAUUUCAUUAAUAUUUCAAUGUUUCUAUAAUCAUGGUAAUGAUGAUAUGAAAAAUGAUAUUUAUUUAUGGUUAUUAAAAAAUGUGAAAACGUAUUUAAGUAAAUUUGGAUGUAGAUUAUGGCAUAUAGUUUUUAAAAAAUCCAAAAGUCAUUUAAGAUUAAGAAUGGUAAAUUCUUUAAUCAUGCCUAAUAUGAAUGAUUUAAAAAACAUAUCAUCCGAAAUUUUUAAAAAACCAACAAAAGAAAUGUUUGAAUCAUUUAGUGAGCAGAAUCAAAAGGUUUUAAAGAAAUAUAUGAUUGAAUUUAUUGAAAAUAUUGUAGAAAAAGAAAUGUUAUAUAAUAUGGUGUCUCAUAAUAUUAUAUUAGUUGCAUGUGAAAUAUUAGAUGAAGAAGAAUUAAUAAAUUUAAUGGAUAUUAUACAUGAAGGUUGUGAAUAUUUAAUAACAACAUAUAUUGGUAAUAAUGCUUUAAUUUAUUUGUUAGGAUAUAGUACAAAUAAACAUAAAAAGAUAUUAAUCAAAAUUUUAAAAAACGAUAUUAUUGAUUUAUGCAAAAAUAGUGUUAAUUUCUUGUUAAUUAUUAGAUUAUUAAAAAUAACAGAUGAUACAAAAAUUCUAAAUGAAUUUAUUGUAAAAAAAAUUACAGCAAAUUUAGAAGAUAUAUUAAAUGAUUAUUAUGGUUUUUAUGUUAUUCUUGAAUUUUUUUAUAAUAUUGAACAAAUGGAUAAAGAUAAAUUUUUAUAUGUUGAUUGGAAACAUUUAAUAUAUUCUAAAGCACCAAAAAGUAUAAAAGAUGGCGAAAAAAGAAAAAAUGAAAUCAUAAGACCCGUAAUAGAUCAAUUACAAUUAAUAUUUAAAGACAGAAAUAAAUUGAAUAAAUAUAUGAAAGAUAAAAAAUAUCUUAUACUAAUAUAUGAAUAUUUAUGUCAUGCAGAAUUAUGUGAUGAAGUCUUAAAUAAUUUAUUCAUUAUGAUGGAAGAGUGUAUCGACUAUAUCAAAAAUGGAGGCAUACAACAUAGCGAUCUGUAUAAUAAUAAUGGUAAAGGAAACAAUGAAGGUAUAAAUAAUGAGCUAAAUAUGAACACAGACAUGAACAUAAAUAAUAAAGAUGAUAUUAAUAUAAAUGAUAAUGAUGAUAUUAAUAUAAAUAAUAAAGAUGAUAUUAAUAUAAAUAAUGAUGAUGAUAUCAAUAUAAAUAAUGAUGAUGAUAUCAAUAUAAAUAAUAAUGACGACAUGAAUAUAAAAAAUAAUGACGACAUGAAUAAAAAUAAUAAUGAUGAUAAUAUUUCCUUACCUUAUGUAAAAAAUAUUAUUUCAUUGUUUAUCAAAAUUUUUAUGUCAACCAAUAAUACAAACCUUGCACAUAAAAUAAUAGAUAAUAAUAAUAAUAAUAAUAAGUUAUAUAAAAAAAUAACAGAUCUAUUCCUUUUAAAUUUACAAAUAAUAUUAAAAUCUGAUUUUGUGAAAUUAUUCAAUUGUCUAAUAUUAUUUCUUAAAGAAAAUGACCAUAAUAUAUAUGAGCAAGUUAUAUCUACUGCACGAUCAUUAAACAAUAAUGAUAUAUAUGAAGAGCUAAAGAAAACACUUCCCAAGGUUAAUCAUUUUUGUAAAUAUCUUGAAUUGGUUGUCGUCAACGAAUAG